UCUGGACUCAUUGGAUGAACAGCUCAUUUUUUAGAGCAUUGGAUUCCGUAGGACUCAUUUUCUAUUCGCGUUUCGAUAAGUUAAUCUUUAAGCAGCAGCAUCUUCUGCUAAACUCGACACAAGGAAAGCUUCAAGAAAUGGAGAGUUGACAUAAUCACCCAAUUCCGCAGUUCUAUUCAUUCUUUUAAUCCCAUGUGCUUAUUGGCAAAGCCAUAUUUUAUUCGUCGCAAGUUAAGCGAAGAGCUGUUUCUGCCACUUUAAAUAGAAAUUUGUACUCAAAUGUCGGAGCAUCUCGAAGCUUACAGCUGAACUUUUUGUCCUGAGUGUCACCCCUGACUUGUUGUUUUAAGAGAGAAAUAUGGGGUGUAGGACAUGCGAGAAGCCGAAGAUGAACUAUCGGAAGGGCUUAUGGUCGCCCGAAGAAGAUCAGAGGCUUAGAGAUUACAUACUUAACCAUGGCCUUAGCUGCUGGAGUGCAGUUCCUGCGAAAGCUGGCCUGCAAAGAAAUGGAAAGAGCUGUAGGCUGAGGUGGAUCAACUAUUUGAGGCCCGGAUUAAAGCGCGGAAUCUUUUCGCAGGAGGAGGAGCAAAUUGUUAUGAGCCUUCAGGCCCAGUUAGGCAAUAAGUGGUCGCAGAUUGCUGCGCACUUACCAGGAAGGACAGACAACGAGGUAAAGAACUACUGGAACUCCUACCUCAAAAAGAGAGUUGCGAAAGCCGAAGGCUCGGCUGGUUCCAGCUCUACAAUAUCAUCUGCUGACUCAACUGGCCACAACCGAAACCCCCGCGACGAAGAGAGCAACAAGAUCACACCUCCUCUCUCUACCGAGCCACUCGAAGUGUCGAACCUCGACUCAGGCCAAACUAUAACAACAAGCAGCAACCAAUGCAGCUCAUCGAAAGGCGCGGCCGACGCUCUCCUCCCUAAGGUUUUGUUCUCCGAUUGGCUCGCAUUCGAUCAAGAGAACAACUUGAGCUUACCGAGCCUAAACGACGGCUCGAAUUGCAUCAACUGGGGCUCGCGCUCAACCUGUUUAUAUGCCAAUGAAGGUUUACAAAUGGACCAACAGUUUAGCAGUGAAUAUGAGCAUGAAGCCGCAGUUCAAAUUCCCGGAGGCGGAUUCUUUGAUCUCCUCUUCAUGGGAGGGGGUUAUGGUAGCUUCAACACAAAUUAUGAUGCAUGCUUUUGA